AUGAAUGCUCCGAAAUCGGUAGAAGCAAGGUGUUUGUUCUCUGGAUACCCAAGUAAUAAAGACACCUACCAGCGUGUAUACCUUGGUGAUGCACAAUUAGUCUUUGACGAUCAGUAUAUAGAGCCAAGGCAAAAGAUUGAGGUUUUUUGCCACAAAAGUAGACAAUACGAGCUGUUUGUUAAUUCAACAGAAACACACCUAGAGGAAUUCAUUUCGGAAUGUAAACAUGGUCAGUUUGAUCAUAAAAAGGAAGAAUUUCCGACUUGCGUUGAAAGACGAUGUUCGGUUAGUGUAUCAAGUGAAGUUUGUUUCUGGAUGGACGACAGAGAACAUUGUAAAGCUAAUAACUUCUCAAUUCCGAGUCGUUCUAGUGUGCAUAUGAGAUGCAGAGAUGGAUAUAAACUGUCUCGGUCAGAGGAUGGGCGUUCUGUAGAGGUUGACGGAGAUGCAUUGAUUAUGUGCAACAAAGGUGCUUAUGAUGAAAGCUACAGGUGUAUUUCCGAACCUUGUGCCGUACCUGAAGUCAAACACUCAAAGUUGAUAAGUAAGGAUGCAAGUUCAUAUGAACACGGUGAAAACAUUACCUUUGCAUGCGAUACUGGAUUCCAUUUCUAUCAGAAUAUUUCGACCAAAAUCAACGCAUUCGAAACAACAUGCAAUCUAGUACAGUGGACAGAUGAUAUUCCAUCAGGGUGUAAACCAGACGGAUGCAAACUAGACCUGCUAGAAGGAUCCAAAUAUUAUUCAGCCGACAAAACGGUGGAAAUUGCAAAUGCAACAUUGAUUAAACAUACAACAUCCAUCCGUAUGCAGUGUAGGGGCAUGUUUGACUUAUUUAAUGAAAACAACAACAUUUUCCGAGAUAAAGAAUACAUGCCUGCAGUAAUAUGUUAUCAAGGAAAAUGGCGUAAUCAACACUUCUGCAAGAAACGAUGUGGUACAUUAAACAUAACUAACGGAAAGUUAAUAAAAGAUGGAAGAAAUGUCACAGAAGGUGAAACCAUUGCACAUGGGGAAAGCGUGUACGUCAAAAACAAUAAUAAAAAAGCAGAUUCCGACUUGCCAGCGGAUUCAGCAAUGAAAUGCCACGAUGGGGAAUGGCAGAAUUUUGUUGGUGUAAGCAGUAGUAGUUCAACCCCCGCAACAACUACAGAAAUAAUAACAACAAUCGCAAUAGAUUCUACAACAAUUAGUGAGGCAGACAAACAAAGUCGCGGUAAAGACGUGCUUCCUGAAAAGAAACAUAUUCAAAAUACACGGAAUAAAGGUUGUACUCUUCCUGAUGAUCAACGAUAUACUUACACGGACUUUGAUGACAAUAACAAAGAUCCAGGCUCAUUCAUUUCUGAUGGAACUACAUUGACAGUGGGAUGUACAACACUUGAUCUGUAUGACUUUUAUACGAGUAGUUAUGAUUACGAUUAUAAUUCAACAUCAACAAUAACCUGCAUGAAGAAUACGUUAUCUCAACUUGAACUAGAUUGUCCUGAAGUGACACCAAACACAUGCAAGGAAUUGCAGCAUGGUAGUGUCAACGAAAAGAAUGGAUAUUUCAUUGUGUCGUGUGAUGAAGGGUAUUCGUUGGAUUUAAUUGUACCAGAAAGACCUCAGUGUACAUGUGAAAAUGGACAGCUUAAAAGUGUAUUUGGAGGCCAAGCACCAGCUUGUAUACCAGAUAAAUGUGUGAUACCCUAUGAAUUUGACGUACGUUUAUCAGUGACAGACAGAAGGCGUGUCAGUCUUUCUGGAGGUUCCGUUGUUGAGGUUGGAGACUUUGUUUAUUUUAAUUGCUCGAAAGCCGGUGAAUCGAAAUAUGAACCUUUGAACAGAAGAUUCAAAUGUGUGAACGGCCUCUGGAAAGAAGCUGAAAGAGAUCGCAACUGGAAGCUAGGAUAUAAUGGUGAAUUUCCGUCCUGUAGAGCAGCCAUAUGCGAGCCAAACUGUACAAAUGGCGGUGUUUGUUUCAAGGACGACAACUGUCGAUGUAAACAUCUAACAGAGGGAAAACGAUGUGAAAAAUUUAUUUGUGACGACACUUGCUUUGGUAAUGGUGGGGAAUGUACCGGCCCUGGUAGAUGUUCUUGUCCCGCAGAACGUUUUGGUCUUAACUGUGAACAGAAAGGUUGCAUACUGCCAAAAAACGCUGCAAAUUACACAGGCCAAAGAAUUGCUAGCCCUGGAACGACGUUAAACAACUUUGCAUGUGACCGUGGUUAUGUUCUUUCAUCGCAAAAUGGAAUGAUGUGUCGGGAUGGCGGAUCAUGGUCUCAAAUUGUUACAUGCAUUAAAGGUUGCACACUACCAAAUCAUGCAGCGAAUAAUAAAGAUCGGGAAACAACUUUCAGUCCUGGACAGACUUUAAACAACUUUGCUUGCCAGCCUGGUUAUGUUCUGUCAUCCGAAAAUGGAAUGACAUGUCAACGUGGUGGUUCUUGGUCAGAAAUUGUUACAUGCAUUAAAGGUUGCACACUUCCAAAUCAUGCAGCGAAUCAUAAGGAUCGGGGAACAACUUUCAGUCCUGGAGAGAUUUUAAACAACUUUGCUUGCAGACCUGGUUAUGUUCUGUCAUCCGAAAAUGGAAUGACAUGCCGACAUGGUGGAUCUUGGUCAGAAAUUGUUACUUGCACUAAAGGUUGCACACUUCCAAAUCAUGCAGCGAAUCAUAAAGAUCGGGAAACAACUUUCAGUCCUGGACAGACUUUAAACAACUUUGCUUGCCAACCUGGUUAUGUUCUGUCAUCCGAAAAAGGAAUGAAUGUCACUGGUGGAUCUUGGUCAGAAAUUGUUACAUGCAUUAAAGGUUGCACACUUCCAAAUCAUGCAGCGAAUCAUAAAGAUCGGGGAACAACUUUCAGUCCUGGAGAGAUUUUAAACAAUUUUGCUUGCAGACCUGGUUAUGUUCUGUCAUCCGAAAAUGGAAUGACAUGCCGACAUGGUGGAUCUUGGUCAGAAAUUGUUACUUGCACUAAAGGUUGCACACUUCCAAAUCAUGCAGCGAAUAAUAAAGAUCGGGGAAAAACUUUCAGUCAUGGAGAGACUUUAAACAACUUUGCUUGCCAACCUGGUUAUGUUCUGUCAUCCGAAAAAGGAAUGACAUGUCAACGUGGUGGAUCUUGGUCAGAAAUUGUUACAUGUAUUAAAGGUUGCACACUUCCAAAUCAGGUAACAGAUUCUAAAGAUAGCAGAACAAUAUUUAGCCCUGGAGAAACUUUUUACAGCAUUACUUGCCAACCUGGUUAUGUUCUGUCAUCACAAAACGGAAUGAAAUGUCAACAUGAUGGAUCUUGGUCAGAAAUUCUUACAUGCAGUAAAGUUCAGCAAAUGGAGUGCUGGUUUGAUGCUGGUCAUAAAUGGUAUCCAAAGUGGAAUGAAAUCGAGUAUUACUGUGGACAUAAACAGCAUUCGGUAAAAGAAUGCCAAGACAGUUGCUUGAACCAAAAGAAAAUCCCUUUGAAAUCGGUAUUUCACAACCCAUACCAUGGAUCAUGUUGUUGUUUAGCAGUUUCUGCCAAAUCAGAUUUUGUUGCGAAAAGAAAUCAAUGGAAUUCACUUGUGUAUAUACUAUCGUGCAAAUAGAUUUCGUGUCAUUAUUAAUUUUGAAAAAUCAACGAUCAGCACAAUCACUGUUUAUAUGUCAAUAGUGAUAAUUGUGUAAGCGGUAUAUGUAAGUGAGCAAAAGAACUUGUAAGUACGUCUGUACAUAGCUACUUCAGUUUGUUUAUAUGUUGCAAUACAAUUAAAUCUUAUUGGAAAUUCCUUCUGGAAAAUGAUACCAUUAAGACACUAUUUGUAUUUUUCGUCAUUAAGAAACUUUGGUCCUGAUUCACAUACUUUUUCUAGAAUUGAUAAUUAGAUUUGUCUCAAACACGAGUUUUUUGCACCGCCUGCAUCGGCAGGUUAGAACAAAAUAUACUUUUUUGAAUUCUGGCAUCUUGCCUAGUUGAAAAUGAAUUUCGUCAAUAUCUAAACCGGAUACAAGACUUCGUAAAAAAUUAAUAUUUUCUAUAUUAAUAUGCAUAGUUUGAAGUACUGUAAUACGAUGUAAAUGUUGUUGUUUUUUUUUGCCGGAGAGCAUGUUCACUCUGUCUUUGAUUAUUUUCCAGCCUGUAUGAAUGUGUUUCAAUUUAGCAAAGCUUCUAUUAAGUAUCAAGAUUUUUUUUACAGUUGCCUCCUCACAAUUUUACUGCUUUAAAGAAAAAGUAAAAAUUAGUGACAAACAUUCUUGAAAAGAAAUAAGUAAAUGUUGAUUCUCUACUUAACCUACAAUUUAGUGAAAAUCCAGUCCCACGCGUGACUCAGAUUAAAAUAUUAUGAGCUUGAUUAUAACCUUCUAAUGAGCUUCAUAUUGACGAUUUUGCCUUGUCUCCCACCCGGAUGCAUACAUUUAUGUUGGUAUAACAUAACUUCAUUUGUAUGUAUGACAAGCAAUAAAUUUAAUUAUCUUACCUAUUAAUAAAAAAAAACCUGGAUAAAAAGGCUUUUUGAUAAAGUGUGCAUGUUAAAUGUUUUUUUCCUUGAAAAUCAGAUGGAUACGUUACCAAAUUUCGGGGAAGCCAGAGAACCACAUACAUGAACCUAAUAUGCUUUGAAAUUAUCAUGUUUUAAAAUCCACCAGUUGUUAUAAUUCACCAUGCAAUAAUCAAUCUGUUUACCAUGCAUUUGCAAAAGCAACGAUUUUGUCUAAUGGGCAUCACUAUAUGAAUACUUCUUUAAAUCUAAAUAGAUACGUUAUUACUCUUUCCAGCCGAGUACCGGUAUUAUUUACCAUUACACGCUCAGUACAGAUUAAGCAUUAAUACAGUCUGUAUGUGACUGACCUUUCUUUUAGAUGUGACAAUAAUAAUUUCGAUGUAAAUGAGAUGUGGAACCAAAUUUGUAGUCCUGUUUGGCGCCAUAUAACCUAUACUGUGUUGGUGCGCCGUAAACCCAAAUAAAUAAAUAAAUAAAUAAAUGGA